AUGCCAAAUAUGACAUCAAUUAGAGAAUUCAUUCUUCUGGGACUUACAGAUGACCCAGAGUUACAAGUUGCGAUAUUCUUCUUUCUGUUGAUCACACACUUAUUGAGUGUAAGUGGAAACAUGGCCAUCGUUAUGUUAACACUGUCAAAUAUUCAUUUGAAAAAUCCUAGGUACUUCUUCCUCAGGAAUUUCUCUUUCUUAGAAAUUUCAUUUACAACAGUCUGCAUUCCUAGAUUUCUGAUCAACAUUGCAACAGGAGACACAACCAUUUCCUAUAAUGCUUGCAUGGCCCAAGUAUUUUUUUAAAUUCUUCUGGGAUCAACAGAAUUUUUUUUUCUGGCUGUCACGUCUUAUGAUCGCUAUGUGGCUAUCUGCAAACCUCCACAUUACACAACCAUCAUGAGUAACAAAGUCUGUAAUUGGCUCGUAAUCAGCGGCUGGCUGGCUGGUUUUCUCAUUAUUUUUCCCCCAGUGAUUAUGGGCCUCCAACUGGAUUUUUGUGACUCCAACACUAUUGACCAUUUCAUCUGUGACUCUUCCCCUAUGCUGCUGAUUGCUUACACAGACACACAGUUUCUAGAGCUUCGAUUUUUGUUAGCAGUAUUCACACUCACUGUAACUUUGGCCUUGGUGUUUCUCUCCUACACACUCAUCCUUAAAACAAUUCUGAAGAUCCCCUCCGCCCAGCAAAGGAAAAAGGCUUUUUCAACUUGUUCCUCCCAUAUGAUUGUGGUUUCUAUUUCUUAUGGGAGUUGCAUUUUUACAUAUGUAAAAACGUCUGCAAAAGAAGGUGUGGUUUUGAGCAAAGGUGUAGCAGUACUUAAUACCUCUAUUGCUCCCAUGCUGAAUCCCUUUAUUUACACCUUAAGAAACCAGCGGGUAAAACAGGCCCUUAGGGAAUUCACCAAAAAAAUAUUAUCAUUGAACAAGCAACAAUCAUAACU